UAGGUAUUAAGGAUUGAAUGAGGUGAGACUGGUGAGCUGUCCAGACUUAUACCUCAGGGUGUGAGGAAGUGCGUGGGAGGAGAGAAACUUGAGCUGCAGUCAAAUAAACAAACAUCAGUUUUAAGCGCCAUUUCCAUUUGUCUUGGACAUGAAGAGACCUCUGCAGAUAAUUCUGCCCCCGCUAAAAACCUCUUGGAUGUCUGGAUCUGAAAUGAUCAGAGAAAGAAGAGAGGAAGAGACCUCUGUGGAUAAUUCAGCUCAUGGUAAAAACAUCCUGAACAUCGGGAUCUUAAGUUAUCAGAGAAAAAAAGGGGUUUAAUUACUGCUGAGCAAACCGCACAGAGAUGCCUCAUGGGGGACGAGACAGAGAGACGAGGGACGAGCAAAAUCAGAAGACGGAGGAUGAGAUCUGUACCAACAUGAGAAGGAGUAUGAGCUGUGAGAGGGGAAGUACCGGGGUCGGAGGCGGGAAUCAAAGUGUGCUCUGAUCAAAGGGGUGUGCGGUGGAUUUUACCAUCCUCUGUAAAAGAUUCAUCCAGAAGUUGCAUCUCGCCAUCACUGACUGAGCACCCGAGCCAAUCCACUCACCCUCCCCCUAUGACAGGGGAUGUUGUCCCAGCUCCCCAGCAGGGGGACCCAGCUGCUGCAGCACCCAGCCUCAGCACCACCCCUGGGGAGCCCAUGGAUGUGGAGUGUCCCAUCUGCUACCAAGAGUACAACCAGUACAACAAAUGUCCCCGGAUGCUGGAGUGCCUCCAUGUUUUCUGCACCGAGUGCCUCCAGAGGAUCCAGCUCUGCCCCUGCGAGCCCCCGGACCCCCACAGCCCACCAGCCAUCCCCUGCCCCCUCUGCCGCCACCUCACCCCUCUGGAGAGCGGCGACGCCCUCUCCUUACCCUGCAACUCCCGCAUCCUGGCCAGGCUGCCCCCCGUGGCCUUCCGCCUGCCCGUAACCAUGGCGACGCACCUGACCACAGUCACCCAGAGAGUGGUGCUCUCUCUGGAGGGCGACAGCAGCGACGCCCGCUUCAUCAUCCUGCCCACCGUCAGCCUGCGGGUACAGCAGAUGCACCCGGACAGGCCGUACGGCGCGGCGCCCGGCCUGGUGGGUGAGGAGCAGGUCAUCGAGCAGAGCAAGAAGACGCUGUUCUUUGUGCAGCUGCUGGCUGUCACCUUCUGGGUGCUGUUUGUCAUCACCUGCGUGGUCGGGGUGGUGUUUGGGCCACAUUUCUUAAACAGGAAAUUUUAACAGAAACUAAAUUUGUCUUUUUUUUUUUUUUUUUAAUAAUCAUUGACAUAAUUAUAACAGGAAACUGUAAAAAGUAGGUUGACAUAUUACAUUUUUAGAUAAUAUAAAGCACAAAUUGUUUUUCAAUUAUAUUUUUAUGGAAACAUUUUAAUUAAAUUCUACUUUUAUUUCUAUAAUAACACCACUUACACCAGUCCUCACUCACUGUCCUGCCCAUUUGUUGUGUCAUUCAACAUACACUGAUAAAGAGCUCCCUCUAGUGGUUCAUUUGGAAAUAGAAUUAAAUAAAACCAUUAAAAACUAAAGGUUUCAUGAAGUUUUCUCUCUGUGUCUGUUUGAUAAUGUUAUUGUACAGCUGAUAAAUGUCCUGCAGAUUAUUACUUAUAAUAAUUUCUGUCUUUUGCCCCUUUUUAAAAAUUAAAUAUUGUGUUAUUCCAACAGAAAAUAUGUCCUGAGCCUUGGGGGCCUGAUUUUUGUGGGUCCUUAUUGAGCACUAAUUUGUUGUAAAUGGGUGAAACGAAAUUAUUUUUAAAUAUUUACAGUGCAAAUUUUGAUACGGGGCCCA